UUGAUUCACUCGGGCGCUGCACGCAUGCGAGACCGUUUGACCUUCAUCAAGUUUCCGAAUGGCAGCUACCGAACAGAGCGACACCAAAGUCGGCCCACGCGAUGUCGGCCCGGAUGGCGAGAAGAUCGUGGACAUGGAAUUUUACGACCGACUGGGCGUGCCCGGCAAUGCAACAGAUCUAGAUCUCAAAAAGGCUUACCGAAAGCUCGCCAUCAAGUGGCAUCCGGACAAAAACGCGGGCAACGCGGAAGCAGAAGUCAAGUUCAAAGAGAUUGGAGAAGCAUAUCAGGUUCUGAGCGAUAGCAACUUGAGAGCCGCUUACAACAAGAAUGGCAAAAAAGGCAGCGGUCUCUCUCAGGACGAGGUCGUCGACCCUACGGCCAUGUUCAGUCAGAUGUUCGGCGGCGAGUCUUUCAAAGACUGGAUAGGCGAUAUCUCAUUGGUCAAAGACAUGACGAAAGCGGGCGACAUCCUCAUGACUGACGAAGAGAAGGAGCAGAUGAACGCCGAGCUCAAGAAAUCAAAUGGCGCUGCUCCUGCUUCUGUAGGUGCGACGCCUGUCUCUUCGGGCGCAACACCAGCUUCGCCAACCGCCGGUGCGUCGACGACCGCUUCGCCUGCGAACGCUGCUGCUCCAACCGCCACUGCGGGAACGACACUCACGAGUCCAGAUUCGAGCAUGACCACCGCUGUAACAGACGGGACUGCAUCACCUGCCAAAGAUUCUCCAAAGCUGACCCCCGAGCAAAAGAGAGAGGCGGCAGUGGCAAAGGCAGAGAAAGAGAAGGAUCAGCGCAAGAAGAUGGCCGCUUUCCACGAGCAGCGUCAGAAGGAGCAGACCGAGAGGAUACAGACGCUCACGAGCAAGCUGAAAGAUCGUGUACGACCCUAUGUAGAUGCUAGCUCUCACCCGAGCGAAACGACGGACCCAGAGACCGAAGCUUGGCUCAAGAGGAUCAGGCAAGAAGCAGACGAUAUGAAGAUGGAGUCUUUUGGCAUUGAGCUCUGCCAGCUCAUUGGCUCUGUCUAUGUGCAGAAAGCGAGCACCUUCCUCAAGAUCCACAAGAAGCCUUCAUCGAAUUUGCUAGGUAUUCCCGGCUGGUGGUCGAGAGUGCAAGAGAAGGGCCGGACAAUCAAAGAGGGCUUCAACCUCAUCACUUCAUCUAUAGAGGUUCAGAAUGCACUGGAAGAUAUGGCGAAGAGGACAGAGGCAGGCGAGCUGCCCGAGGAGGAGCAAGCCCAAUUAGAGCAAGACAUGACCGGCAAGAUCUUGCUUGUAUCAUGGCGAGGAACCCGGUUCGAAUGCCUCAACGUAUUGCGACAGGUCGUCGACGGCGUUCUAGCUCGCGAGCAAGGCGUAUCAGAAGCCACGAGGACUAGUCGCGCAAAGGCCAUUCUGCUCAUCGGGUCUGCACUCAAAGCGGUACAGCCAGACGAAACAGACGCAGAUAGAAGAGAGCUAGAAAGGCUCGUUGCUCAAGCUGCUCAGAGCAAGAAACCGGCGAAGGCGAAAGCCAAGACAAAGCCGGACGCCUGAGCAUCUGACCCGUCACAAUUCAUGUUGUCCUGCCCGUUGCACGUUCGGAUUCUAGCUGCUAGCGUACAUACAUUAUAAGCAACGAAUAACAGACUGAGCGGAACUGA